AUGAGCACUAGCAAGGAUGAAAAGGUAGUGGGCUCGACGGUAGAGAGGUUCGAAAGCCUCUCUGCGGAUGAGUCUGAUGGCAAGAAUGGUCUCCAGCAGUCGGAGACGAUGGGCACAGUGAGGUUCACUGAGGAGCAGGACAUCUACCUUGUGCCUGCCCCCAUCUCAAGUCUCGGUCUCUCCAUGGUAUCCGGCUUCGGAGGCCUCCUCGGAUUCUAUAUCCCCAUAUAUGCUGCUCAUGGUGCAGACUACGCGGAUAUUACAGCGCUCAUGACCUACCCUUCUAUGUUCAUGGGCGUUGGCUGCCUCCUUGCCACGCCUCUGGCCCUGGCAGUUGGCCGCAGGCCUGUAUAUCUUGGAUCACUCGUUGUACUUAUUGUUGGGGCACUCCUAGCAGCCUACGCGAAGGAUUACAACUGGCAUUUGGGUGCUAGGAUGGUGCUUGGUCUUGCCGCUGGUCAAAGUGAGGCAUUAGUACCUAUGAUGAUCCAGGAGAUCCACUUCAUGCACGAGCGAAGCACCUUUCUGAUGUGGCAAUCUGCAAUUCAGACUGUGCUCUCGGCAGCCCUCAUUAUCGCUGCAUCGCCACUUGCUGGCGCCAUCGGUCCUGCUAAUUGGUACAUUCUUGGCGCAGGACUUUCAGCCGCCACACUGGUUGCCUCGAUCUUCUUAGUGCCAGAAAGUCGCUACCCUCGAUCGCUCGUAGCCUACGGCCAAUAUUCCGAGUCAGAGAGUGACGAGAACGUAGACUACAUUGCACCGCCCGUGAGACUAUCCGAAAGACCUGCGCUAGAUACUGUUAGGUAUGAACCUCGAACACUCCGCUCCGAUAUGCGUUUGUUCGUAGGAGAGACAGAUUGGGCUGAGGGCAUGUGGGGUUUCCUUCACACGUUCCAGAUUCUGCUCUUCCCCAACGUGCUUUGGGCAUUCUGUCUCAACGGUCUAACAAUCGGCAUAAACAUUGCUAUCGGUACCACUUACGGCAAAAUCGUUACUUCCCCUCCGUACAACUGGGGUCAGGAUGCCGCAUCUUAUGUCAACGCUGGCCAGGUUAUUGUUGCGUUCGUAGCGCUGCCUCUGCUUGGCAAUGGUUCCGACAUGGUGAUCAAAUGGCGCGCAAGGCGCAAUGGCGGUGUUCACGAGCCCGAGAGCCGCCUACUCCUGCUCUGGAUUCCUAUCUGCAUCGGAGUGGUGUCUGCCGUACUAUAUGGUCAGGCAGGACAACAUCCCGAGAAAUACCACUGGUUCGUCAUCGUCUUCGCCAAUGCGGGCUACUACUUCGCCUUUGUCGGAGCCAAUAUCUCUGCGAUCACAUACCUGCUGGACUCGUACCCUGCGCGUGCUGGUCCUGUUUUGGUCGUCAUCACUGCUUUCCGUGGAUUUGUCUCAUUUGGCACCAGCUACGGUGUAGCCAAGUUCAUCGAGACUUCUGGAUAUGACGGAUCCUUUGGCACAUACGCUGGCUUGACAGCCCUCUUCGGUGCCAUCGGUAUCUUAGUGUUCGUAUUUGGCAAACAGAUCAGAUCGUACACAGGAAAAUUCGCCACGAAGAAACGCAGCGGGAAACCCUCCAUGUCUCGUUGA